AUGGAUACGGAAAAGGCUGAAGCUAGGAUGGAGGGUGAUGAUCACCCCAUGGGGGAAGCUGAGCCUAUGAAUGGCUCUGCUAGCACCCGAGCCGACGGCGACGGCAGCCCUUCUAACUCUGCCGACUACGAACCGGAGAGUGAGCCUGAUGAGAGUUCCGUCGCUCUGGAGCUUCUUCGUCGUCGUGGCCUGCUUCCCACAGGAUGCUGCUAUGAUGACCGCAUGAAACUUCAUAUGAACGCAGACUUUAGCCCUAACACCCACCAUCCGGAAGAUCCCAGGCGCAUUCACGAAAUCUUUAAAGCAUUCAAGCAGAUGGGCCUCGUCUACACCGGCCCGCAAUCAGAGCUGCCCCGAAUCAUUAAAGAGUCCCCUACAAAGUAUAUGUGGAGGAUCCCUGCUCGACCAGCGCGGAGAGACGAAAUCUGUCUGGCACAUUCCGCCGAGCACUUGUCGUGGGUCGAAAGCAUUGAUAAGCUGAGUUCCGCCGAACUCCGCGCACUCACUAGACAGUUUGAUCAAGGGCGGGAGUCGCUGUAUGUGGGUAGCAUGUCUUACCCUGCUGCUUUGCUUUCUGCUGGCGGCGCCAUCGACACGUGCAAAAAUAUCAUCGAAGGCCAAGUCAAGAAUGCCUUUGCAGUUAUCCGGCCGCCGGGACACCACGCAGAGUACGAUCAGGCUAUGGGUUUCUGCUUCUUUAAUAAUGUACCUGUGGCGGUGCGUGUCUGUCAGCAAGACUAUCCUGACAUCUGCCGCAAGGUCUUGAUCCUGGACUGGGAUGUGCACCACGGUAACGGUGUCCAAAACAUCUUCUACGACGACCCGAAUGUUCUCUACAUUUCCAUUCACGUAUAUCAAAACGGCGCCUUCUAUCCUGGAAAGUCGCCUGAUCCCAAUGUUCCUGACGGGGGAAUCGAAAACUGUGGCGUUGGACCAGGUCUUGGAAAGAAUAUCAAUAUUGGGUGGCACGAUCAGGGUAUGGGAGAUGGAGAAUAUAUGGCCGCUUUUGAAAAAAUCGUCAUGCCCAUAGCUAAAGAGUUUGACCCUGACCUAGUUGUCAUCUCGGCUGGGUUUGACGCCGCCGACGGAGACGAGCUCGGAGGCUGCUUCGUCACACCAUCAUGCUACGCUCACAUGACCCAUAUGCUCAUGUCCUUGGCCGAUGGCAAAGUCGCUGUUUGCCUCGAGGGCGGCUACAACUUGCAGGCUAUUUCAAACUCGGCAGUAGCUGUUGCACGGACUUUGAUGAGCGAGCCGCCGCCGCGCAUGAAGGUUCCCAUGAUCAACAGGGAGGCCGCGCGAACUCUAGCUAAAGUCCAGGCUCACCAAGCUCCCUACUGGGAAUGCAUGCGUCCCGGUAUCGUCAAUGUACCGGAAACGCAGUCGCUCGAUGGAAACCGUCUUCAUGAUGUCAUUCGCAGCGCGCAGCAGCAGGCUCUGCAGGCCAAGCAUAACAUGGUGCCGCUAUACGUGCAGCGCGAUCAAAUUUCCAAGUCCUUUGAGAAUCAAGUAUUGGUAACUCCAGAUUUACAAGAUGCUAGGCGGCUAUUGGUCAUCAUCCACGAUCCGCCACAGCUGCUAGCGCAGCCUGACGUCCUUGAUGGAUCUCUACAGAGCCACAACUCUUGGGUGGUGGAUGGCGUCACACAAUAUAUCGACUGGGCCGUUGGACAGAAGUUUGCAGUCAUGGAUGUCAAUGUUCCGGCCUACGUAUCGCAGGAUGCGGAUAUGGAAGCUUACAUCCCGGGCUACAAAGAGCGGGCAAUCCAGGAGCAGAUGCAGUCCCUGAUGUGCUAUCUGUGGGAUAACUUUCUCCAACUCAGUGACGCCGAGGAAAUAUUCCUGAUGGGUGUUGGAGACGCUUACCUCGGGGUCAAGGUGCUUCUCAUCAACAGAGACUGCAAAUCCAGAGUGUCUGGCGUCGUCAACUUUGUCACAGGCAGCUUGCGCCCGAUCAAAUCUGACAUUGACACAGAACUCUCAGCUUGGUACAAGAGCAAUUCCCGCGUCUACGUUGCCGGUAAUCAUGCCUGCUGGUCAGACCAUGACCUGACGCGUAAGGUACAGAAGCGUCGCUUCGGCACCGUGGUUCGUAGCGAAACGACCGGGCUGAAUAAGAUGAUGCGCGCGCAUGCGGAGGAGACGCAAAAAUGGAUCCUGGAACGUGUUGCUGAUACCCGAGGAGAGACGACUGAGGAUGAGAAGUUGCUGCAAUAA